UUGAAGUGAUCUACCUAGUUCGUCAGAAAACACAGACCACGUACAUUAUGAGUCCGCUGGUGGUGUUAUUCGCAGUAGUGUCGGCGGCGUGCGCCUCGCUGAUCCCGGCGCAGCCGCCGCACCACCCCGCGCUGGUGCUGGACCCGCACGGCCGCCCGCUGGACACCGCAGAGGUCAUCAACGCGCGCGCCCUGCACCUGCAGGCCAAGCACCUGGAGGGCUCCUACGCCCACGCCGCUCCCCUGGCCCUCGCCCACGCCGCUCCCCUAGCCGUCGCCCACGCCGCUCCCCUCGCCGUCGCUCACGCCGCUCCCCUCGCCAUCGCGCACGCCGCGCCCGCCGCCGCCGUGAGCCACCAGUCCCGCAUCGACGUGCACUCGAGCCCCGCUGUGGUCGCGCACGCCGCCAUCGCCGCCCCCGUGCUAGCUCACUCCGCCCUCGGCCACUCACACUGGCUGCACAAGCGUUCCUUGGGACAUCUGGCGUACGCCGCUCCCGUGGUCGCCCACGUCGCCCCCUCUGCCGUCUCUCACCAGUCCCGCGUGGAUGUCAUCUCUAAGCCCGCCAUCGUGUCCCACGCCGUGGCUGCCCCCGUGCUUGCUCACGCCGUAGCCGCUCCCGUGGUCGCGCACGUCGCCCCCGCCGCCGUGAGCCACCAGUCCCGCGUGGAUGUGCGCACCAGCCACCCCGUCGUGUCGCACGCCGUGGUCGCCGCCCCCGUUGUCGCCGCGCACUCCGCCUGGGCCGCGCCUGCUCACUACGCUGCGCCCGCCGCCGCCGUGAGCCACCAGUCCCGCAUCGACGUGCACUCGAGCCCCGCUGUGGUCGCGCACGCCGCCAUCGCCGCCCCCGUGCUGGCUCACUCCGCCCUCGGCCACUCACACUGGCUGCACAAGCGCUCCUUGGGACACCUGGCGUACGCCGCUCCCGUGGUCGCCCACGUCGCCCCCUCUGCGGUCUCCCACCAGUCCCGCGUGGAUGUCAUCUCUAAGCCCGCCAUCGUGUCCCACGCCGUGGCUGCCCCCGUGCUUGCUCACGCCGUAGCCGCUCCCGUGGUCGCGCACGUCGCCCCCGCCGCCGUGAGCCACCAGUCCCGCGUGGAUGUGCGCACCAGCCACCCCGUCGUGUCGCACGCCGUGGUCGCCGCCCCCGUCGUCGCCGCUCACUCCGCCUGGGCCGCGCCUGCUCACUCCGCCUGGGCCGCGCCCGCGCAUACCGCCUGGGCUUCCCCCGCCCUUGACUACGGUCAUGCUGGUCUCUCUUUGGCGCAUGGUGCUUGGUGAACAGCGAAUCUGAUGAACCUAAGAAUAUAAAAUAAGAAAAAUAAAAAAAUAAUUUAUGAACGAAAUAUAAAAAAUGAACAUAAAUAACCA